GGUCUAAUUAAACCAUAAAAGCUGCUGCUUAAUUAGCCAUAGCCAUGUUGACGACGUUCGUCUACCAUGCUCUAGGCUCGUUCUCCUGUGUUUGCCUCCUUUGUUUUGCCAGCUCGUUGGUGAGUGUAGCUGACGCAGGCGGCGCACCCGUGCUGCAAGCGUUGGAGUGCACCUCGACGGCCGCCGGCAACUACACGCAGGAUGGCGCGUACGCCGCCAACCUUGGCCGCUUGCUCGCCAUGCUCCCGAACGAGACCGUGUCAAAGAACGGUGGCUUCUUCAACGGCACGGUCGGCAACGGCACGGCCACCGUGUACGGCCUCGCCAUGUGCGCCGCCGACUUCAGCCGCGCCGACUGCAUGGACUGCCUCGUCGCCGCUGGGAUCAGCGCGGGAGGCGUCGUGAAACGUUGCCCCGGCAGCACCACGGUCUCCGCCAUGUUCGACCAGUGCCUCCUCCGCUACUCCGACAGUAGCUUCUUCGGCACAGCCCAUAUCAAUAUAACAUACGUUUCGGACGGGGAGAUCUUGACCGGCAGGCGGCGAGCUCGCCGGCGCGGUUCGCGUGAGCAGGUCAAUAGUAUGUGUGAUUUAGUUUGAUCAGGGAGGCCAUGAUCUGCAUGCAAGUGAAGCAUGGAUUCUUGGCGAGAAGACUGGAUCAGAUGGCUCAUGCAUGUGUUGGUUAGUGAUUUAGUGGUGCUCUGCAUGCAGCGAGUUGUGCCUUGCAUGUGGGAUGCAUGCAGCGAGUUGUGCCUUGCAUGUAGGAAGGUGAUUAGAGGAUAAUCCGCGGGAGGUGCUUGCCGGUUUGUGCGGCAAGACGUGGCUUAACCUGUGCGUGUGUGUGGUCUAUUUAACCAAUGUAAUCAGCAUUUGUUAAAGUGUGCCAAAAGUGAAGUGAAAAACAAGUGUUUGUGCUGUGCGCGCUGGUGUGCAGCGUGGAAA